GCUUUGCAGGUGCAGCGAGGAGUCUCUCUGGAUGACAGAGUUUGUUUGAGUGUGUGAGACCAGCGGCCGGCUCUCAUGUCUCUGCAUGAGUUUCUGAGGGAGGGGGGUGAGGCAUCGUACCGGAUCGCAAACCGCCUCAGUCAUCUGAUCCAGAACCUGGACAUCUCUGGAGUCGGAUCUCCUUUCCCUUUCAACCCUGCCAGCCGCAGGAACUCCUGGAGAGACUGGGAUGAUGAGAUCAUGCAGCUGGACAGCAGUCCCCUCCGAGCGGCUGACAUCACCUCCGACCUCAAGAAGCAGUUUGCCAUCCUUUCAGGAGGAAGAGGGGAUAGCGGCAGCCCCAUCAUUGUAUUCCCAGAAUUCCCUGCGUUUGGAGAGAUCACGGACGGAGAGUUUCACAACGUGCUGACCUACCUGACCAGCGUGCCCAGUUUGUCUUCGACGGGAGUGGGUUUCAUUCUGGUUAUUGAUCGCCGGCAAGACCGAUGGGCAGCCGUGAAGGGGACCCUGCUUCGAAUCGCAGGCUCCUUCCCAGGGAACCUCCAGCUGGUUCUGGUUCUGAGGCCCACCGCCCUCCUGCAGCGAACACUCUCAGACAUCCUCUUCAAGUUCAACAAGGAUGAGUUCAAGAUGAAGGUGCCGGUGAUCAUGCUGAGCUCCAUCACUGAUCUGCACGCCUACAUCGACCGCUCUCAGUUGACCCUGGAGCUCGGAGGAACGCAGCACUACUGCCAUGAGAAGUGGAUAUCUCACCGCACUGCUAUAGAAGGCUUUGCGUUGAUGGUAAAGAGAACAGCUCAGAUCCUGCAGUCGUUUGGGACCGAGCUGGCUGAAACUGAACUCCCCAAUGAAAUCCAGGCCACAACCGUCCUGCUGAGCACACACACCAACAAGAAAGACAAAAUGAAGGGGGAUCUGCUGGUGGCUCUGGGUCAGGGUCGCAGGCUGCUGGAGAGCAUCAAUGAGCCGGUGGCGCGAGACCCCGACCACAACAUGAACCAGGACGAACUGGAGAACCUGGCUACAGUGCAACGACUGUUUUCUCAGCUGGACGAGACAGAAAGGGCUUUCGAUGAGUUCUGGGUGAGGCAUCAAACCAAACUGGAGCAGUGUCUCCAACUGCGCCACUUUGAGCACAACUACAGAGAGGUCAGGGCUCUGCUGGAUCAGGUGUCUGAGAAACUCUCAACCUUCUCUGAGGUGGGGAUCAGCCCGGCCCACGCUGAACACAUCUUCUGUGAACUCACCACUUAUGAGGAGAGAGUCUGUGACGGGUUGAACAGAGCCUCGUCGUUGGCCGGUGAGGGAGAUGAGCUGAUCCAGAACUCACACUACGCCGAGGACUCCAUUCAGCCCAAAUGCAGCGAGCUCAGAGCGAUCAGUGAGAAUGUGAGCAGCAGCCUGAGGGACAGGAAGGAGCACCUCGUGAAAGCCAUGGAGCUGCACCGCAGUUUGGAGAGAGCGUCUAAAUGGGUCGAUGAUGGUAUUUACAUGCUGGCGUCUCAGCCUGUGGACAAGUGUCAAUCACACGAGGGGGCGGAGUUAGCCCUGAAGGAGCUGGAGCGUUACCUUGACGAUGCAGGCAAGAACCAACUGACGGAACUCGGUAACAUCUGGACCGAGUUCGAGGCGGUGCUGAACCCGCAGUUUAAAGACCAAGUGGAGAAGAUUUUCCAGAAGCAGACGUCCAUGCAGGAGAUGUUUGACAAGAGGAGGGUCAGCCUGAAGAAGCUCGCAGCCAAACAGACCCGGCCGGUGCAGCCGGUGGCCCCCAGACCCGAAGCCUUCAUCAAAUCCCCUCUCAGCUCCCCCGCACCUUUCUUUUCUCAGGGGAACAAGAGUGAGCUGGGGAAGCUGCUGAUGCAGGGCUCAUUCAGCGUGUGGACGGAGCACAAGAAAGGUCACGCCAAGGUCAAGGAUCUGGCCCGUUUCAAGCCCAUGCAGAGGCACCUCUUCCUCCACCAGAAGACGCUGCUCUUCUGCAAGAGGAGGGAGGAGAACGGGGAGGGCUACGAGAAGGCCCCCUCAUACAGCUUCAAACAGUCCCUCAAUAUGAGUGCGGUCGGCAUUACUGAGAAUGCAAAGGGAGACAACAAGAAGUUUGAAAUCUGGUGCAACUCCAGAGAAGAGGUGUAUAUUGUUCAGGCUCCGACGGCAGAAGUAAAAACCACCUGGGUGAAUGAGAUCAGGAANGCUUAA